UUUUUUUUUUUUUUCAUCGGUAAUGAUAAAUUGUAUAGAUCAAAAUGGGUAUGUACAAAAAUUAGGCAUACCCGAGAGAAUGAAGGCUAAAACCCUCAAAUAAAGAAGCAUAAUUACACUCAACCAAGAGAUGGGAAAAUUUCCCCAGGGUGUGGUUCAGGUGGUAGUGUGGUUUGCGGAAGUGCCUCUCAUGAGAUCAGGUGUUCAAACCCUCUUGAGCUUAUUUCCAUUCCUGAACUCCUGAAUUUACCUUCCUUUUGGAGUUGUGGGGUCAACUUCAAGGGGCGCAGGAUUAGUCACGUGGACCGUAAAACGGACACGUGGAUACCCAGUGUGUAAUCCAAAAAAAAAAAAAGAUGGAAAAAUUUACACAAUAUUUUUGAAAAAGGGAAUAAAAAAAUGUGAGCUUAGCAUGAGAAUGCCAUGGAUUUGCACAUUCCUCAACACCAAAUCUAGAGGCCUUCAAGCAGCCAAAGCAUGUUUGACCCAGCCCCCCCAUCUACUCACUCCCUCACCUCCUGCCAUUUGUACUCCCUCCUCACCUAAUCUUCCACCCCAUACACCCCUCCCUCAAAUUCUCCCUCAGUUUCCCGAGAAAAGUUCUCCCACUUUCCUUCACACACUCCUCUUACCCACUAGAUCAAGAAACACCCACCCCACCUCAAUCCAUGAAACCCCCUCUUCUCAUGCUUCAAAACCCCAACCCAGUUCCCCAAUUCAACCUAUAAACCCAAAGACCAAAAAGCAAAGACCUUUAAACCGAAAACCCAGAAAUGUCCGGCGGCGUCGGUCCCUCCGGCGACAUUUGCCUACCCAAAGAUGACCCAGACCCAGGGCUUCACCUUCGCUCCCAGACCUCCACCGCGGGCAACCCCCAUCAACCCUCCCCCCGCGGCCGGGGAGCCCGCUUCCUCACCUUCCGGCAGCUCAACGCGCUCGCCGUCGUCGUCGUCUUCUCCGCGAGCGGCCUCGUCAGCCUCGAAGACUUCGCAUUCGUUGUCUUCUCCGUCGUCUACAUGUACUUCAUUUCCAAGGCCGCGUUCCCCAACCGCACCCCCUCGUCGGAGGGUUCCACCGUCUUCGACCCCAAGAACAAGAUCCUCCGCCUUUACGUCCUGAUCGGAGCCCUAGUCGGACUGUUCCUCCCGAUCGCGUACAUCUUCGAGGGCAUCUUCGAGGGCGACAAGGAGGGGAUCAAGGCGGCGGCGCCGCACGUGUUCCUCCUCUCGAGCCAGGUGUUCAUGGAGGGACUGGCGUUCUCGGACCGGUUCUCGAUUCCCAUCCGGGUGUUCGUACCGGUGUUCUACAACUCGCGGAGGAUCUUCACGAUCGUGGAGUGGCUGAGGACGGAAAUCGGGAAGGUGGACGAAGAGUACGGCGGCUCCGCCAGGAGACUGUACGUCGGGAGGGCGCUCGCGGUGGCGAACAUGGCGUUUUGGUGCUUCAAUCUGUUUGCGUUCUUGUUGCCUGUUUAUCUUCCCAAGGCCUUUCAGAAGUACUACUCUGGAUAUAGUAAGGUUAAAUAUUGAUGAAAUUCUCUUUAGCUUCUCAUUCUUCUUUCCUCCCCCCAACCCCACCCCCACCUCUUUUCUUUGUUUAGUAUAUAAAUGUUGGUUUUGAUUUUAUGGAUGUGGUUUAUGAGAUGUAAUUUGGAAUGUAAUUUGUGGGUUUUUUUAAUUGCAUAAAAUUUGAUGUGAUUAAGGAAA